UUUGACAAGCCACACGAUCCUCUUCGCUUAUCUUCCUCCACCCAAUCCAAAUUGCGACACAAUCUCUUUCGAAUCCACGCGCCUCUAUCUUUUUUUUUCUCAAUACAAUCGCCCAUCAACAACAGCUUUCAUGUUCACUCUUCUCAUGAUACUCCAUCAUCGUCGACCUUGACCCUGUUCUUGUUCCUGAUAGGUUUCAGACGAAACCCACUAUUGUAAAUCUGUUUCUGGAGUCUGCUUGUCUUUGAGUCACUGUAUCUUACUCUUGCUAUGAGAUUGCUUAGAAGUAACCAGGACUGAUUAAAUUUGUCGAGACCAAAAUGUUUCCCCUAUGCUCAGCCGCAAGCUGCCAUUACCAUUCUCAGAUUUUGUUUCCUGGCAAUUGGCGAGGCUGUUCUUCCUUCAGGAGAGAGUUAAUUCACAGAUACAGUUCUGGUGAUAAUGCCUUCCUUGGUAUCUCUAAUGGAGCACACCUGCAGAAGAGUUUCUUACCUCAAGCCACUGGGAGUUUCUUCACCGAUACUAUCGAGAAAAUAGAACAACCUGUAUCAACAUUCGGAAGUUUGUGCCAGAAUGAGUUGGACAGAGUAAACUGCAUGGUUUAUGACAUGAGUGAAGCUGUUGUAGCGGGUGAUGGGGGACUGACAUAUGUAGAAAAUGGAGAAGAUGGUUUCCCUGUUGAAGUUCCAGCAGAUGUUUCCCCCGUUGAAAGCCUUUCUGCUGAGACUUUAACCGAAAAGACCAGUAGCCUUGUAGAGUCGGUUGAGUCGGGAACCAAAUCUACUGUUGAGAUAUCUCCUGAUAGUUCAGUCUCUCUUCCGGAUACUCUAGAUCUGAAUCCAGGAUCACUUCCUGAUGCGAAAGCUAGCUUUGAUGACUUUUCUUCUGGUGUCAAAGACUCUUUCAGUUCUUCACUUCCUGAUGCAAAAGCUAGCAUUGAUGACUUUUCUUCUGGUGUCAAAGAGCCUUUCAGUUCUUCACUUCCUGCUGCAAAAGCUAGCAUUGAUGACUUUUCUUCUGGUGUCAAAGAGUCUUUCAGUUCUUCACUUCCUGAUGCGAAAUCUAGCAUUGAUGACUUUUCUUCUGGUGUAAAGGAGUCCUUUAGCUCAUCACUUAACGAAGGAGAGAAUGCUGUAAAGAACACUUUGGAUUCCUUUUCCUCGUCUGUGACAUCCAUUACAAAGAAUGCUUCUGAAGUUGUAGAUAGUGCAUUCAACAGAGCAUUUUCUACGCUAGACCAAACAGGAGAUAUAGCUGAAGACAAGUUUUCAAGUUUUUCUACUGGCUUGAAGGAAGCUUCAAACAGAGCAGCUGUUGUUGCCAUUGAUCUGUUGAGGCAAUCAGUUGGUAUUGCAGAGAGUUCUAUAACAAAUGGAGUUUCUUUUGUUGUGUACUCUUAUGGGUCAGCAAAAGAAUUACUUCCUCCAGAUGUUAAGAGUGCCCUUAAAUCGUCAGAAGAUGUUGCUCUAAAAGUAUUGAGUCCCGUGGGAGCUGUGUUGCAGCAGGUAUCUGUUGCCAUUGGAGGUUUGGAGAGAAAUUUGGGUUUGGAUCCAGAUGACCCAAUCAUUCACCUUUUUCUUUUCGUAGGCACCACAGGAACCUUUUGGGUUCUAUAUCGGGUUUGGACAUAUGGUGGAUAUGCUGGAGAUUUGUCUCCAAAGUCAACGCUGGAGCUUUUAACAUCAAGAGAAAAGUCAAUGCUUGUAGAUGUCAGGCCUGAAGCCUUGAGAGAGAAAGAUGGAAUCCCUGAUCUGCGGAGAACAGCUCGUUUUCGAUAUUCUAGCGUGACACUGCCUGAGGUUGACGGUGCUGUUAAACGGCUACUGAAAGGUGGAAAUGAAGUUGAAGAUAUCUUGACAGCAGUAAUCAUCAAGAACUUGAAAGCAGUUCAGGACAGGUCCAAGGUUAUUGUUAUGGAUGCUGAUGGAACUCGUUCGAAGGGUAUUGCAAGAGCUUUGAGAAAAGUUGGGAUUAAGAGACCAUACUUGGUGCAAGGUGGCUUUAGAUCAUGGGUUAAGGAAGGUAUUCGUGUAAAAGAGCUGAAACCUGAGACAACACUUACCAUUCUCAACGAGGAAGCUGAGGCGAUUCUUGAGGACAUAAAUCCUUCUCCAUUGCAGCUAGUUGGAGUUAGUGUGGGGUUUUUCGCAGGAUUGUAUGCUUUGUUUGAAUGGGAGAAAACACUGCAACUCAUAGCUGUCAUUGGCCUCAGUCUGACUGUAUAUCUACGACUUUCUUCGUAUGAUGACUCCGAAGAUUUCAAGGAAGACGUCAGGCUGCUGCUUGCUCCAGUGAAACUCGGAGCUCAGGCUUUCUCAUGGGCUGCAGGAAAGCUUGAGACAAAUGGUGUUGGCCUGCCAACGUCACCUUCUUCCUCAGAUGUUCGAAGCCGUGUUUUGCAAGCUGCUGCUAAGCAUGAAUCUAAGCCGUCUGAUGAAACAUCUGAAAGUCUCCAAGAGGAUGCAUCAUCAUCAUUAUCAUCACCAGAAGAAGCUUUGAACAACGUUGAUGUCUCAGAAGCGUAAAGGCUCCAACUUUUAUUUCGUUUUUUCUUCUUCUUGUAACUUCCAAAAUUUACUUUACUCGUCUCGUGGAUUCGUGCAAACAAUUCAUAUAUGAUAUAACUGUGACGACGCCAAAGAAAAUAGUGUAAUUCAAUUCAGACCA